AUGGUCGCUGCUGUCAGCUGACCAGAAAGGAAGUUUGCUGUGACAUGGAUUGUUGUGUCAGUCUCACCCUUUGGAGAAAAGACAGGAUCAACAGUCGGGGCGGUCCAACUGUGAGGUAUCUUUAUCUUGUAUUCAAUGAGCACGACAUCCAGCCCGGGCCGAGUUGGUUAGCCGCCUGCUCCGCUUGAAGCGUCUCAGGAUCUGGACACUUGGAAUGGUCUCUCCCAACACAGAGAUCUCUCCACACUAUGGCUUCACAACUAAUAGUGUGUCUUUUCCUUUAUGGACAAGCACAUGUAAAUCUUUCUGUUUAAUACUUCCUGUCUUAGUGUUCUUAUACUGCCACAACAUUCCCUCUCAUCUUUACUUUGAGAGUAUCCUUAAUCCCGUCUGUGAAAAUGGACGACUCGGAGCCUUUGCAGCCCAGUCUCAACUCUGCCUAUGUUCCAACUGCUCUUGACAACUACCAUGUGUCUGAGGACGAGGAGAGCGAGGACCAGAGUCCCUCUGUAUCACUCCUGCCCAAACAAUCCUCUGUGCCUCUGGCCAUGCGCUACAGCCCAGAUGACUCCUACUGUUUGGUGUACAUCAUCUUCUUUCUGAUGGGCAUCGGCUCCCUGCUGCCCUGGAACUUCUUCAUAACAGCCAAACACUACUGGCUCUACAAACUGAGUAACAACACCCAAGGUGGCAAUGGGGGGCAACGUUCAGACCUCGGGGAGUACUUUGAAAGCUAUCUGGCCAUUGCCUCCACGGUGCCCUCUGUGCUAUGUCUGAUCCUCAACUAUCUCCUAGUUAACAGGUUAUCUUCCAACGUGCGGAUCCUGUCGUCUCUUUUUGUGAUCCUGCUGGUGUUUGUGGUGACCACGGUGAUGGUGAAGGUGGACGUGUCGGACUGCAGGACGGAGUUCUUUAUCAGCACGCUGGCCAGUGUGGCUGUAGUCAGCGGCGCGUCCAACCUCCUCUCCGGCAGCGUGUUUGGGAUCAGUGGGCAUUUCCCCAUGAGGAUCUCUCAGGCGCUUAUAUCAGGCCAGGGCAUGGGGGGCACGUUGAGUGCAGUAGCCUCAGUAGUGGACCUGGCAGUGGCAAAGGAUGUGACAGACAGUGCUCUAGUCUAUUUCCUGACGGCCGACGUCUUCAUCUUGCUCUGCAUCAUCACAUAUCUGCUGCUGCCGAAGCUGGCAUAUUCAAGACACUACAUGCAGGCGGCAGCGAGCAUCAGUUCAGGAGUGAUGAGCGAGGGGGGAGCCGCAGACAUGGGUAGCAGAGUCUCCAUCCCGCCACUGCAGCCCAUCCUCAGGAAGACGUGGAUGCUCUGUCUGAGCGUCUUCUACGUCUUCUGCAUCUCCAUCAUGGUGUUCCCUGCGGUAUCGUCAGGGAUCCAGUCCGUCAACAAAGACAGUGGCAGCCCCUGGACAACCACUUAUUUUGUACCCCUCACCAGUUUCCUCAUGUACAAUACAGCAGACUUCUGUGGCAGGCAGGCCACAGCCUGGCUGCAGGUCCCUGGCCCCACCAGUAGAGUCCUGCCUGUACUGGUGCUGUGUCGCUCAGUCAUGGUGCCACUUCUGAUGUUGUGCAACUACCAGCCAAGGGACCGCCUCCACACUGUGCUUUUCGCCCAUGACAUAUACCCUGUGAUCUUCAACUGCCUGCUAGGCCUCACCAAUGGCUACCUAGGCACUCUGCCAAUGAUCUACGGCCCCAAAGUCGUACCUCGAGAGCUGGCAGAGGCCACGGGAGUGGUCAUGUCCUUCUUUCUCACUCUGGGACUGGCUGUGGGGUCGGCUUUCUCCGUGCUGAUUGUGCACUACAUCUGACCAGGCUGUUGAGCAUCAAUCUAGUCAUUUACAGGGAGUGAGUUAUACGGCAGGCGAUUGCUGGACAGCAGAAUAGCAGAGCCUCAAAGCACUGAUGCAAAGUGCACCAGUAAAGCCAAUUGUUUGCCAUUAAGGGAAAGGACCGAUAAGCCUCUUAACUAUGAUGCCUCACAGUAAUAUACUUUUCCACUGAUGUGGCUAAUGCCGGGCACCGUGCCAUGACUUGGUAGUUAUAUUUUCAAGUUCAAGAGGUGCUUCUCCAGGCAACACUAGCAAUCAGGAGUCCAUAAGGAACAAAGCACAUUUUCAUAUUGCAAAACUAAACCAAGGGGUUCAAUUUGUGGGACAUCAGGAUAUGCCAUUUUAGUUCCACUGUAAUAAAAUAUGCAGAUAACAGCUGUGUGGAUUACUGUUGAACAGGUUUGAUUGGUCUGCCGUUUGUACAGCUUAAACAGACUUUAGAAACUGAACAUUUAUAGUAAAGUUUGAUUUGUCAUUUUUAAAAGAUUGUAGUCCCUUUACAAGUAGACACCUUUUUAAAUAUUUCAUGUUCCAGCUUAAACAUACAAACUUUUGUUCUGCAUAAAUAUUUUGGUUUUUCAAUGGCCUUUUAGUUUUUCCAUCUGCAACUUGAGCUCAAUAUGUUGUACUUAUAAAUACAAAUGUACCAUUACUGCUAGACCAAAAAAUAAAACAGUUUUAAAUAUA